AUGGGUCUGAUCCUCCUGCAGCGAUGGUGGAGGAAGCACCUGCUGGCGCGGUACCAGCGCAAAGCCAAGGUGCUGGAGCUCCAGCAAGACGCGCUGCGCAAGAAGAUGGACGUGCUGGAAAGGCGCAUGCUGGCCUUGGAUGGGCUCGAGAGUCGCAAGGAGCGUCAACUGGGAGACCAAAGCCGAUCCUCCAACUCGAACCAGCAGUCAUCUGCUGUGUCUAUGAAACGAUCCGGCGGCGACGACUACCACGAGGAUAAACCUCGAUUGGGGAGACGCGAACAGGAGGUCACCCCAUCCGCUGGACCCCGUCGUCUCAUGCAGCCUCUGAAGCUUCAAAGUCCAGUGAUGUUAUCCAUUGACACUGCCUCGAUGGGACAAAAACGGGACGUUAUUCCGCCGGCUCCUUCAACGUUGCGAUACCAAGACGCAAUCGAGGCCGUGGAAGUAUCGCUCGUAUCCCUCAUGCGAGUGGUCCAUACCGCGUUCGACCGGAAAGUUCCGUCUGUGGGAGGGAAAGCCCCGCCCGUGGUGCUGGUGGCAACCACUCAAGCUACGAUCCGACGACACCUGAGCGACGUACACUCCAAUUUGUUGGCUGCGAUGCAAGCGCACGACUCGCCAGACUGGACCGCCAUCGACCACUUGGACGACCCAUUGCCGUACUCGCUUGGAUCUCUCCCGUGGAAACGACUCAUGGACGACUGGGCCAAAGGCGACGCGGACAAGAUCGGCGACCUCACGCGGUGGCUAGCGUUGGCGUUGAAUCCAGACGACUGUACUGACGCGUUGCCGCCGUUGGAACUGACGUGUCUGCAGCCAAUGGUGAUGGAAGGGUUCCUGCGGCUCGUCGUGCCAACGCUGCGCGAGUGCCGACGUGGCAUUCGCGUGCAAUCCAAACCCGUGCAAGGGUCGGUCCUGCGCUUGGACGUAUGCAACCCCAUGUAGCACCCGUGCAAAGUCAUUCCAUAGUAGCGUUACCUCUUUUCACAAAACAUCUCGACACGAUGUCGGAGAUAGAUUUAUCAUCGUUAUUACUGUCCAAGAAGCCCGUCAAAUAAUAUGGAUGUGAGAGAGAUUUUUAUGAUAUCCUUGGUUUCGUCUCAACCGGAAUAAAUCACCGUGUCGCGCUUGGAUUUCGAAAUGAUGUUGCCCUUGUCGUCUCGCGCACCAGCGGCGGCUUUGGCCAUCGGAUGGCUCGCCAACUGCGGCGGCACGGGCAUGUCGGUGGCUUCCAAGUACGUCUUUAGGUCGUACAUGAUGUCUUCGUCGUGGUCAGUGAGGAACGAAAUCGCCACGCCUUCCUUGCCGGCUCGCCCCGUCCGUCCGAUGCGAUGGCAGUACUUUUCAAUCUCCUUGGGCACGUCGUAGUUGAUGACGUGCGUGACAUCGGGGAUAUCGAGCCCUCGGCCAGCCACGUCGGUGGCCACGAGGAUGUCAUACGUGCCGUCGCGGAACCCCAUGAGGCUUUCGUCGCGCUGGUCCUGGGACUUGCCGCCGUGCAAGAUGGUCGCGUAGAACCCUUCCUUGCCCACGGCGCGGGCCACAAGGUCGCACCCCUUCUUCUCGUUGACGAAGAUGAUGAUCUUGGCCGUGUCCUUGGUCUUGGCGUUGCGCAGAAUCUCCCGCACCGUGUCGUACAGUUUCGCGAGCUUCUUGCCCGCGCUCAAAAAGUGCACUUGCUGGUCAAUGCGUUUGUUCUUGCCCGAGUUUUCGUCUCCAAUCUUGAUGAUCGCCGGGUGCCGCAGGUACGUUUUCGCCAGCUUCUCCACGACGUUGGGCAUCGUCGCGCUAAACAUCAUCGUCACGCGGAACUUGAACUCGUUGUCGGCCGUGCUCAGCUGGGCCUCGAGCUCGGCCUCGUUUUCUGACUUGAGCAGCCCGCCCAUGUUGUCCAAGAUCCCCGUGACCUGGUCUUCGAACCCUUCUUCGAUCAUGCGAUCCGCUUCAUCCAGCACGACGUAGUUGCACUGAUUGAGCACCAAGUAGUGACUCUGCAUGCAAUCCAUGAGCCGGCCAGGCGUGCCGAUCAGAAUGUCAAUACCUUCGCGGAGCUUGAACCCCUGGUCUUCGAUGCUCUGCCCCCCCACGACGGACAGCGUCUUGAUGAUAUGUUCGGUGUCGCCUUCGCCGACUUUGGUCAGUUGGGACAGCCGUUUGGCCUCUGCUUCGAUCUGCAGCGCCAGCUCUCGCGUCGGUGCCAUCACGAGCGCCAGGGGGCCCUGGUCCGGCGUUCGGGUCACCAUCGACACGGGCACCGAGCUCACGUAGCAAAUGAUCGGAAUCAAAAAUGCCGCCGUCUUGCCGCUGCCCGUUUCGGCAAUGCCAAUGCAGUCGCGCCGUUGCAUGCCGAUGGGGAUGCUUUGCAUUUGAAUCGGCGACGGCUUUUCGAAUCCCAUGAGCUUGACCGCGUCCAUGACCGACUCGGGGAACGUCGCUUCCGACCACUUGCGCAGAGGGAUCGGUGCCUUUCCGCCGCGCAGAAUGAUAUCAAAGUCCUCUCGAAAGAUGCGCCAGUCGCGGUCGGUCAUAUUCUCGAGCGACUUGUCGCUCCAAUGUAGCACCCGCUCGGCCUCGAUCGUGUCGAUUUCUCGUUCGCGGUUGGCUUCCCACUCCUGCAUCUUGCGCAGCUCGCGCUCGCGGUCCCGCUGUCGCUUGGCGAUCUGGUCGGCCGUCAAGACGCCGGCUUGUUCGUCCGCGGUCUUCUGCUCGAGCUGCCGCUUCCGCGCCAAUUCUGUGACAAAGUUGUUCUUCUUGCGCUGCUCGCGCAUGUCCACGCCGGCCAUGUACCCUCGGCCAAACAGGAGGUUGACGUCGCGACGUUUGUACAGGGGAUUCAAUUCCCCAGACGUGUCCUCGGUUGGUUCCCAGUCGAACUGAAAGUUCUUUGAGAACUUUUCGCUCGCCUUGAGCACCUUCUUCUUGUUCACUUUCUUCCCCAAGUAAUGGUCUUUCAGCGCCGCGAGUUCCUUCUCCUGCUCGCGGGUGAUGGUUGGUGUCGAUGUGUUGUUGCUGUCCUUGCGUUGAGCCUGUCGAUGGCGAUCAAACGACGAGUCGUUCAACUUGGAGAACUUGGACGCCACUGACGACGAUGCUCUUGACGUGGUCGUGGCGGCACCUGUCUUGGCCCGUUGCUGUAGUCGUGCCAACGCGGCCGCUUCGCGUUCCUUUUGUGUCAUGAACUUUGGUUUCUUUGCUUCUUCUUCCAGCUCCUUUUGCUUUAUGGCAUACUUUUCUUCAGCCAGACGAGCAAUGCGGGCCACACGCUCCUUUUCACGGCUGAUUUCUUCCAUUUGCGCGUUCAAGUCCAUCUUGAUUGUGAGGGGCGGCGGCGGCGGGUGCGGCCAAAUGAAAA